AUGAUAGUGUUAUGUUCCUUGAACCACAAUAUAAAAUGGGUACCGAGGUUGAGUGGCAGCUUUAGUCCAAUAGAAAUUGGAACUCAUGAUGAAAGUUAUCAAUAUAAUAAAAUCUGUUCUUGGCAUCGGGCUAUACUAUACCACCGUUCGUUUCAAUGGAACCACCGCAAAUUCGACACUCGCUCGUACAAGCAAAGCGAGUUCUAUUGAAUUGGCCAACAAUACCUUGCCAAUCAAUGGAAGCUCGAAUGCUGGCGAUGCCGCCGGGGCUGGCGCGGGAAAUGCCGUCUUACAGAUAAGUCUUUCCGCUAACCGCCACCCGGUGGAUAAUGGGAAAAAUGAGGUAAUCGCUGAACAGAGAAAGCCUGUAAAACUGACAAUGAAGCAGGGACUGAUAAUGAAUCAAGUCAUCUCCGCCUACGCCCUUUCGAAUGUACAGAAUGCCCUGUGUGCAGAGCACGUCGAGGAAUUUAAGAUUGGAUUGAGAGCGUUCGAACCCUGGGCGUUACAAA